UAUUUGUGCCAGGAUAUACAUGAGCUGCGGUGCGCCCUGAAAACGCAUCUGCAGUUGUAACUUGCAGCAGGACGGCCAUGACGGUCGACGCCGCGCUCCUAGCCGCCGUCGUGGCCUUCCUCCUCCCGCUCCGCCUCAUCUCCCUCGCCCUCCGCCUGGCCUCCAAGGGCCGCGGCGCCAGCGGGCCACAACUCCGCCGGUCCUGCGCCGUCUUGGCCGUCGCGGGCGCGCUCCUCGCCGUCAUCUUCGCACUCCCGCACGACCGGGCCGGCCAGUGCGCCGUCCCCGUCACCGCUGUAGUAGAUGGCGAGGGGCUACGCUCGGAGGUUGAGCAGCUCAAGCUCCAGCUCGCCCGGCUUGAAUCUCUGUGGGAUAACAAAUUGAAAGCCUUUGAUGAGAAGGGUGAUUCUUUGGAGAAGGCGAUAGAUAAGAAAGGUGAUCCUUUAGAGGAGGAGGAUGGCCGUGUUAUGAGAGCUAUGGGGCUUGACAUCCAGUCUCUGAUAAAUGAGCAAGAAAACAUCAAGAUGCAAGAAUCAUUGUGCAGCUCAUGUUUUGGUGACAAUAUCAAGGCAAUGGAAGAUGAGGUUCGUCUCAUAAAGGAUGAAUCAAGGAAGAUGAACUCUGAUAUAAACAGUGUAUGGUCAUUAGCAAAAGAUGCAACGGAAAAGGUUGAAGCUCUACAUUCUGAUGUCAAGAAGAGUCAAGUUAUAACUGAUGACUGGGGGAGGAUGAACUCUAGUAUCAACAGAUUAUGGUCAUUCGUAAGGAAUACAGAUAAAAAGGUUGAAGGCCUAUGUUCAGAUAUAAAAAAGGUUCAAAUUAUAACUGGUGAGUGGGCGAAGACAAAAUUCAACAGAAUGUGGUCAUUUGCAAAGGAUACAGAGAAAAAGGUUGAAGAUCUAUAUUCAGAUAUAAAAAAGGGCUUCAAGCAGACGAAGAAGAAAGUGCCGUUCAUGUGAUCAUUUUCAUCACUAAGGCAGAAGGUGUUACGCCACUGGAUUGUUUUUUCUACGCACCUUUUGUGUGUGUGUGUAUAUAUAUAUAUACAUAUAUAUAUAUAUAAAUACAUUUUAUAGGUCAACUUGAUAGUACAAGAUGGUUGUCCUUGUGGACGUCAUCAUGUGUUGCUUUCUGCCUCCUUGCCGGCAUGAGAGGCGGCGGCAAUAUAUUAGCGAUUUAGCAUAGCGCCAUAGCACUGUAAUAAUACAGUUAACAAUACAUUAAACAUUCGGGUGGCUUUCAGAGCUCCA